CUCUUACUUUAACAGUCUGUUGACCUGUGCAGCGAGAUGCCAGAAUGUAACUACUACUCCUUCAGUCCGAAAUUCACAACUGCUUGUUACCAGGAAAAAAAGAAAAAAAGAAGACAAACUCACAAAUGCUUAUAUCACUUAUUCGCGCCCAUAUAAAUCGUCAAGUUUUUAUCUUCCUCUACAAUAUCUUUAUUCUAAUUAGCAAAAAAAUUCAAUCGUUAUUUCCUUUUCCAUCUAUGUCCCAAUCCAAUGAACUCCAACACCAAUCUUCACCAGUUGAUCCAACUCCAUUUGAUCCAUUAGAACCGUCAACUCCAAUCUCAUACCCAAUCAAAACCCUCCACGAACUUGAGUCUAGAGCUUACUUUGAAUCAUUUCACUACCCAUUUAAUAAAUCUUCUGUUUCCCUUGAUAGCUCAGACGUUUUCUUGCCUAAUAGGCCUAGGCUUCUUGUUUGCCAUGAUAUGCAAGGUGGUUAUGGUGAUGAUAGGUGGAUUCAGGGAGGGAAUAAGUCUGAUGCUUAUGCUAUUUGGCAUUGGUAUUUGAUUGAUGUUUUUGUUUACUUCUCUCAUUCUUUGGUUAAUUUGCCUCCUCCUUGUUGGACCAAUACAGCUCAUAGACAUGGUGUCAAGGUGUUAGGAACGUUCCUCACAGAAUGGGAGGAAGGGAGACUUGCGUGCAAUAAAUUGCUUGAAACGGAGGAGUCUGCUCGAAUGUAUGCUGAGAGGUUGGCUGAGCUUGCUAUUGCUUUAGGCUUUGAUGGAUGGCUGAUCAAUAUGGAGAUUAAUUUGGAUAUGGAGAAAAUUCCUAAUUUAAAGGAAUUUGUCAGUCACCUAACCAAGACUAUGCAUUUCUCAUUGCCUGGAUCUUUAGUAAUUUGGUAUGAUGCUAUCACAAUCCAUGGAGAACUUAAGUGGCAAGACCAACUAAAUGAAAACAAUAAAGCUUUUUUUGAUAUAUGUGAUGGCAUAUUUGUAAACUAUACAUGGAAGAGAAACUAUCCAAAACUGUCAGCUGAUGUUGCUGCCGGUAGAAAGUUUGAUGUCUACAUGGGAAUAGAUGUAUUUGGAAGGAAUACUUAUGGCGGGGGACAAUGGAACGUAAAUGCUGCACUUGAGGUGAUAAAGAAUGAUAAUGUUUCUGCCGCCAUAUUUGCCCCUGGCUGGGUCUACGAGACUAAGCAACCGCCUGAUUUUUGGACUGCUCAAAAUCGUUGGUGGACCCUUGUUGAACAAUCAUGGGGAAUAAUGAAGAAUUAUCCUAAAAUACUACCAUUCUAUUCAAACUUUGAUCAGGGUUAUGGCUAUCACAUUUCAGUUGAGGACGGCCAAGUGACUGAAGUUCCUUGGAACAACUUGUCUUGCCAAGGAUUUCAGCCUUUCCUUGAGUUCAUUGAUGGUCCAACUCCUGAACCUAUUCAAGUCCUUGUGGAUGUCAAAGAAGCAUCUUACACUGGAGGUGGAAACAUUACAUUUAGAGGAUUACUUGAAGAAGAUGGUCAUUUUGCUAAAAGGCUCUUUCAGGGAGAGCUGGUUAUGGGCAAUAAACCUAUUCAAAUUAUAUAUUCUGUUAAAUCAGAGGGCGACUCACUACUGGGCCUUUCUUUUCAGUUCUCAUCUAACAAGAAUGAGAAGACAUCAAUACUUAUGGCAUCUUGGGAUCUGAGUCAUUUCUCUGGAAAAUUCAGAAAAGUGAUCAUGACACAUCAAAUAAGAAAACCAGAAAUGGAUCCGGGAUGGGUUGUGCAUGAGGGUAGUAUUGCAAUGAAUGAUCAGAUACUAACAGAGAUUCAUGCUGUAUGCUACCGGCGGAAGCCUGAGCAGAGUAAAUUGAGAACAGAAUACAAAGCAGAUGGCCAAGAUGACUCAUUAGUUAGCAGUCCUGCAGGGUAUUUUGCAGUGCUUGGACACAUUGCAAUUCAAAAUUCUGAAAGGAAGUCAUGUUUCUUUCCAUCCAGUUCAUGGCUGGUUGAAGGUCAAAAUAUCAAAUUUAGUUCAGAUUCUCAGGGAUCCAAAUUUGUUAGUGUGAAAAUCAUUUGGCAACUGAAAGAUGGAGAUCAUUGUGUGUUCUCACAUUACAAUAUCUAUGUUGAGAAACUGGAAAAACAAGUUGAAGUUGAAGGAAACACAAAUAAACGAGUUAAAGGCGCAUGCAAGUAUCUUGGAGUGGCACAAGUUACAGCAUUUUAUGUUUCUGAUCUUUCUGUUCCUUCCACUACUUACAGGCUCAAAUUCAUCAUACAAGUGUGUGAUUUUAAUGGGGAUUGCCAAAAGCUGAAUGAUUCUCCAUCUUUCCAACUCGAUAUUGAAGGUGAGUAAAUUUUAUUGCUUCUACUAUUCUAAAUUAUUACUUUAUGAGAAAGUGUUGAUAGCAUUGCUAAUGUUGUACCAUGACCAAUAAAUAAUAUUCUGCUUAUAUGCUGUCAAAAGAUAUGCUUCGUGAAGUCCUGAAUGGAAUCAAAUGUGUUUCAUGACCAUGCACUGUAAUGCAGGAAACAUGAUUUAUUUGGAUGAUUUUCUA